AAACCAUGAAGUAUGAGUAAUAAUGAAAAGUGCUAAUGAAAGUCUAACACAUACUCUUGCGAUGAAGCUUUAAAACCCAUUGCAAAUCUUAACUUAUUUGUUUUACGAUCUACGUCUGCGUCAUCCCGUCACUCGAUUGCUUAAACAUCGAUUUUUUAUUAAAACCUAUUGAUGUUGUACCGGUCAAAUGACCGGUCCUUUUUACUGUCUUAACAGAUUCUGCGAACAGCAGGAAAUUAACAAUUUUUAAGAAGCAGAGAACAAAAUCAGUGAAACAAUACACUGAAGCUUGCCGAAUUUGACCAUCGACCAAAAACGACUUUAUACUUUACACAACAUGCGGACCCGAAAAAUCAGAGGCAAGGAGAGGUCCAACGAAGAGACGUUAAGCAAACGAAACGUGAAAACAUAAACGCAAAGUCUUAAUCAAACUUCACGUAAUUAGCCGGGAAAAUGCCCUGUCUUGUUCCAAUGCGUCCCGUCCACCAAUCAUCCGUGGAUUCUGUUCUUUGAACGACAUCAAUAAUGUCGCCUUUUUGGAAUGUAAGAUCGCCAGCUUGCUCGCCUGAAAAGGGGAAGACAGCUCUCACUUGGUUAGGGCCCAAUGGCUUUGUAUCAAACGUAGGCUUUGGAGCGGAAGGUCGAGCGGGACGUGCAGACACCCGAACACUGUUUGAGCGAUGCGCGGCAUAGCGUCCCUCAUACGCAUCGUCUUCGUCGCUACUCCCCUCAUCGGGUGCGUCCCGGUAAUUGGACUGAAACAUUGACUUGGACCUUCCGAUUGAAGACUUGUUGCCCUUGAGGCUGUCUGUCGCAGAAUCACCAAACGUACGAGACUUGGCUGAAGGGCCGUCGAAACCAUAAUCUUCAUCAACAUCGUUAUCAUAGCGAUUUCGUCGCGAGUAAGUCAGAUCACUGCGGCCGGUGUUUCGGUUGUCAUAAUCAUCCAACUCGUCUCGCGUAUAAUGCGAUUGUCGCUGAGAAGUGCGACUACCAUUGUUGGGUCUACUGUCCCAAAGAUCAUCAGACCCGGUGUCGUCGUAGACGGGUAUGUCGUUGUAAAUAUCGUCACCGAUAAUGGAGUCUCUGUUGAACACGCGGGAAUUAAGUACACGAUAAAGAGGAUCAGCAGCAGCUGGCUGAGGAACUUGACCGUUCAAUAAGCUUUUCGCUGUAACAUCGCCGCGAUAAAGACGCUUGUUGGCGUCUCGACGCUCAAUCAACACAGAACCCUCGAGUGACACACCGGCAAAAAGACCUUUUGUUUUGCUGUAUGAGAAGAUGGGUGCGACACCUCCAGCACUAGCACUGCCACCAGCCUCAGCAUUCCUACCGAGGGGUCCAGCGGCUACAGACAGAUUACCACCGAGUGUGAUGCUGCCUACACGGGCAAAAGUUUGUACGGCCUGUUUCGAAUUGAGGAUAAUAACGAAGUCGGUUAAUUCCGAGCCAAUUUGAGCACCAAAGCCCAUUCCUGCUGUGCAUACAGCUGAAGGAGCCGACCAAGUUCCGUCGUCCAAGCGAGCGACAAUCAAACCGGAGCCAAUUCUACCAGAAAACAUAAAACCCGCCUUCAGUACGGUCAUGACGACCAAACCUUUCGCACGAGAAAGGACGGAAGGCGGGAUAACCUCUUGAGGCCCAAACGUUUGUCUAGGAUCCUAUCAACACGCGUUUGUUAGCGAUAAACUCGAAAAAAGAAAAUGUUGUCAAUCUUUUUCUUCCGUACCACAAAACUGGCGAGAAUUUUGCCGGCUUUUUUGCAUUCACCUGCGAUUGUUAGCGUUUGGUACUCAUUUAACGAAAUUUCGUACUCUUAAGAGACGAAGGAAGCGGAUUGUGCAAGCCCAUCAAGUACAAAAAUGAUAUAGGUGAACGGAUGAAAUGCCAGCGAAUAUAUUCCCAGCAUACACCUCGGAUCGGCAGAAUUGACGUCACGACACUUUCGGCAGCAUUCUGUGAUACAGCCCCGAGAGGCGGGAUUUUAAAAAAGCGUAUGAACCGAGGAGAUGCCACAAAAAAUGAUGGAAAGAAAAGAACGACAACAGUAACGGCGCACUUUGAUAAAGCAGCCGUAGCGGAUAGAUCGCUUGAAUGAGCACAAGCGUGCUAAAAAUUGGUGUCGCAAAAGUCGGCUGUGGAUUUUUAGGUUAUCUUAGCGAAAGUAAAAUAUUCGCUUGAUGGGAAAGAAAUUAUGCCGAGAUAAGUACAUUUAAUGAGAGGAUGCAAGCGUACGCAAUCGAGAGAGUUGUCUGUAGCUUUUCUGCUAAUUAAUAAAUUGCUACAAUCGGUGCUGAAUAAAUGUCUUCGCUUUUAUUCAAGCUCUGUGGUUCUUGUUGUUAUUCCUUCCUUCUUGAUCUAAACUUAUCAGAUAAGAUUGCACCGCCAUCCUCGUUCGCUAUUUUCAUUUACAUAAAAACAGAAAGCUUUGCCGUUGAAGCUUCACGUCUUGCUUAUGAGCUUAUCGUCUGUGUCUUUUCGCAAUUCUUUUCUCGUUUCGACUAUCCUCUACCGUUCCCAUUUAACGCACUGCAACACAUUGUAAGGAGCCACAGAAGGCAUGUGUAUGCUUCUCGCCCUCCACGAGCAGUUAGCAUGUUCGGCACAAGCAACCCAGAGGGGUUUAUGAGUGGUCAAGCGUCGAUAAAAAACACAUUGUUCGAGGAUGAGGACGGAGGAUUUCAGGACGUUCCAAUCUCGGGGAAUUCUGUGGACAUAAUGAACUCAAACGAACAUGUUGGCGAAACUGUCUCUUUCGAGCGUCAUCCCUCGCUUCGUAGCCAAGAAAACGAAGAAAGAAGCACCGUUUCAAAGAAGAACGCAACUUCUGAGCCAAAAUUCAUGGUUUCCUUUCGAAUUGCAAGCAUCGAAAUUGUCGACAAGCAUGAUCCAAUUUUGAAGAUGAACGUAACAACGAAUUGUCCCGGUUACCGAUCUAAACAUUACAGGGACGUGCGCCGGACGUACGGAGAGCUGUGUAAGUUGGCUCGUUACCUUACAUUUAUGCACCCUGAAUGUCUUAUUCCGGCCGUUCCUCCCAGUGUCGGUUCGGCUGGCAGUGGAAGCAUUGAAGACAAUCGCCGUCUAAAAGAAUCGCUACAGUCCUGGUUGGAUUACGUCGGUCGUAAUCCGUAUCUCGUUACAGACACAGAGACGAAAUUGUUUGUCGAAAGCGACUUUGGUUACUCUCCCCUCGUACAUACAGCCAAUCCUACCUCUGGACUGCGUAGAAAAGCCCUCAAACAGCUCCCCACGCCGCCCGAUCAUUGUUCAGAACUCGCCAACUUGAGACCUAUUAUUAAGGCGUUUUACCGUGGAACUCUAGAUGCUGAGCAAAAACUGCAGAAGUUAUUCAAAUCAGAGAAGGGCUUAAUUGCAUUUUCCAACCGAUUUGCUGAAGGCUUACAGACAUAUUCACAAGUAGAACCACACACCGGUCUUUCUCGAGCAUUGUCUCAACUUGGUAAAACGCUGCAACAUGUUUCAGAUUCACAGCUGCUGCAAACGACUUCUCAGUUAGUCACUUUUGGUGACCCUCUCGCCUACGCCUCUUCCAAUGCCUUUGUUUCUAAAGAAAUCCUGUCUACCCGUCAUAUGCUCAUGCGAGAUUUAAUCGCUGCACAGAGUCAAACAAAUUCAGCUUUGUCUAACGCCAAUCGUGUGAAACAGAGUACAAACAUCAGUAAAGCAAAAGUGGAUGAAGCUGUUCAAGCACUUGCUGACGCACGCACUCAUGAAAAGCAAUUGUCCGAUAAACUCACGCUUGUUACCUCAAACCUGUUGCGGGAAAGCAAGGGCUACAUAGCGGAAACUACAAAUUCGCUGUCUCUUGCAAUUGAUGAUUACGUUCGCAAGCAAUGUCUUUUUGAAAGAAAGGUGCUUGCAUCGUUGGAGGCCGUUCGGCCUCAUAUUCGUAGAAUCGAUCCCAUGGGUGGUCUUUCUCGUUUGGGUCGUGAGGGUUACCCCCAGAACAUACAGUCAUCUUCCCUUUCCAGUCAACGAGAAUCCCAGGACGCCUGGAGUGGGCGAGCUCGAAGCAAUACUUGGGGCAGCAGUAAUCGAACAGACGAUUCGAAGCAUUCCAAGUCCAGAUCCCUCUCGGCAACCGACACAACUGACAUAAUUUCUGAUGGCUCCUUGGAUCCCAAAAGUGUCGCCAAUAUCUUGAAUGGGGUUUGAUUUAGUUUUUACGACAAGAUGGAAUAGCUGUCCAAACAAUCCUUUUGUUCCUUAAUCUUUUUUUUUUCAGAAGUAGUAAAUAAUGAAGCAUACGAUAAUCAAGCAUUUUACACUUUUACAUUAAAAGAAAUAAAUCUAUACGCAUGUUUUAGAUACAUCUAUUAAGUGACUAAGAAGAGUAAAAAGCUGCUGCCAUC